CGGGCGGGGGGCGCGCGCGGGGCCGCUUCCGGCGGCGCGGGGCCAUGAGCGGCGGGCGGCGCCGGGAGGAGCCGCCGCACGCGCCGCACCACGCGCUGCCCAACGGCGGCGCGAGCGGCCGCGAGUCCGUGUGGGGCAAAGCGCUGCGGAGCGACUCGGCCUGGAGCGACAAGGAUGAGUUUUUAGAUGUGAUCUACUGGUUCCGGCAGAUCAUUGCAGUUAUUUUGGGAAUCAUCUGGGGAGUAGUUCCACUGAAGGGAUUCGUGGGAAUAGCAGUAUUCUGCCUGAUCAAUGCUGGUGUUCUGUACCUUUACUUCAGUAGCUUCCAGCAGAUAGAUGAGGAGGAGUAUGGUGGGACAUGGGAGCUCACAAAGGAAGGAUUCAUGACAUCUUUUGCACUGUUUCUGGUUGUUUGGAUAAUCUUCUAUACUGCCAUCCACUAUGAUUGACACAGUCUGCAGUUUUGGCCUGUUGAAUCAGUCAUCAGUAAAUCAAGAAGGUUUUAAUAAUCAUAGUCUUUAGUGGACUGGUGGGAAGGUGGGGAAAGUCAAAUCAACACCCUUCUGUACCAGUGAUCUGAUGAGCCUGGAGAAGCCCCAGCUCUUCUGCUGGAGAAGUCUGUCUCCAUUUUAUAUACCCAUUCAUUGUUGGAACUAUUAAAAAGCCAUUGGAAUUUUUGGAAGUGGUUCAAGACUGUUCAAAUUUGGAACUUUCUGUGACUCUAGUCAGUAACUCUAUCAAACUCCUGUGUGCUGAAGGUUGAGUCUGUUAAUUUAAUGUAUGUAUGGCCUUCUCUUUGAAAUCUGUCAUUAAAUCCUGACCUGUCUUC